AUGUACACUAAGAUCUUCUUACUAGCCGCUGUGGUUGCGGUAGUUUUUGGAGAACCCCAAGGAGGACAUGGACAUGAACACCACCACGCUUCUUCCUCACAGAGCAUCAAGCAGUACCACGGAAAAGCUACUGAGAAGCACGUCGAGUACUAUUCACACCCUAAGUACGAGUUUGCGUACAAAGUGGAGGACCCUCACACUGGUGACAAGAAAUCCCAACAUGAAUCUCGUGAUGGUGACGUCGUGAAGGGCGUGUACAGUCUGCACGAGCCCGACGGUACUGUCAGGAUCGUGGAGUACCACGCUGACAAGAAGACUGGAUUCAACGCUAACGUCAAAAGAGAAGGUCACGCUAAACACAUUGUUCCUGAACACCAUCAUCAUCAUUGA